AUGGCUGAAAUACGCGUUGACGCGUGCGGUCCGGACGUGAUCAUGCAAUGCGUCGCUGAGCAGCUAGAUGUUGCUAGUGGCAGCGUGAGCGGUGAAGGAGGUAUCGAGAAACUUACUAUGGAGAUGGCACUGAGUGACGGCUGCGAUACUAGCACUGUUGUCACUGAACAACCUAGUGGAGUGAUCAAACAUGUACAGUUCGAGAUGGGAGGGUAUCUGGAUCAGGCUGCUGUGAAGGAAGCCUUGGCGCUGGGUUUGGGACCAUCAGUGUGGAUGCGAGCUGUGGCGGUUGAAGGUGCAGCUGUGCAAGCGGCCUUUGAAGAGCCUUUCUUGGUCGAGGAAGGAAGCUCUCCUGAUGGUACGUCGUCGUCGCCUUGCUCGACGGACUCGCUUAGUAGAGCGAUGAAGGAAAUUAGCAUCGGCAGUGAAAGUGAGUUCAAGAGUAAAAAUAGUUGGAUUGUUGUGAGGGUAUAUGCAUGUACCGCUAUGGAAGAGGUGGAAUGUCUGAUGAACCGCGUACGGCAAGCCAGGGACCUUGUCACUGCUUCUGGUAGCAAUCUUUAUGGCGGAGUUGCUACUAUGACGUUGAGUGAUGGUGUCAAUGAUGGCUGUCCGAGUGAUCUGCCGGAGGUCACUCAUGCUCCUGUGAUCGACGUCUCUACUGAGGCACCGCAAACUGUUGAUAGUAUCAGCAGUGUGACAAUGGCUAUUGGAGGAGUUUGGGAAGAGCAAACUGUGAGGAAUCUCCUACAGAAGGCAUUUGGCGAGGACGUGGUCCUCGGAGAUAUUUCUGCUAUCAGCGACAGUGGAUCGACGUAUUCCGCCACAGAAAUUACUCUAUCUGAUGACGCAUCUUGUGACCGCACAGUUCUUGUAGAGCUUUUACAGCAAUUGCCCAAGGUGAAUGUUGAUAGUGCCAAGAGUCGUAGAGCAGAAGUCACCGUAUGCGGCGAGACGAAGAACAUUAAGUGUAUCAGGCAAAUGCUAGUACAAGCGCGGCAGUUCACGAAGAGUCUUUCGGGGACCUACUAUGGUGGCCUUACAUCGAUUGAGCCGUGGAGUAGUGUGACGGACGGAUGCCCUAUGCUCGAUGGGAAUCUUACGGCGCAGCCGGAAGAAAGUGAUGAAGGCAGCGGUGAUACUACGAGUGUGGUUCCACAACAAGAUGGCGGACGAGUGGUACUUAUUAAAGGCUAUUAUUUAGAUGAUGAAAUGACUGCAGUUUUCAAGACCGCUCUGAGUAAUGUGCGUAUGGGCGUCGAGAUGAACAGCUCGACUAUUACUGCUGAGCGCAGUAGUUUCCCGACCGAGAAUGAUUCUGAUGGCGAACUCCCACGUCGAGUUGCAGAGGUCGAUUGUGAUGUAACAGCUUUGGCUGUGGCGCUCAAGAGUCUGACUCUUGUUUCGGAGGGGACGAUAUCUACCCAAAGGCCGUACAAGGAUACUAGAAUCAUAAUCUGUGGUUCAGCCGCGCAGUUAGAGUGCGCAGCGAAUAAGGUCGGGCAAGCUCAGGCGUUGAUGCGCGAUCAGGGUACGCAACUUUAUGGAGGGUUGACUGAGCUUGGUUUCGACGGUGACAGUUUACCUGUGUGCCCGUUGGACGAGGUAAUCGACUAUCAGCCGAGCGCUACUUUGACAUCGCGAAGCGUAGAGUUCGUGAUUGAGGGGUAUUUUCAAGUGCAAGGCAUCGCCAAGAAUCUCAGGGAUGCGAUGGGCGAGUCGGUCCAGGACGUGUUCCUGGUGGAAAUUCAGCGCUCUGAAAGUCCUACGACCGAGCCUGGUGAAAUGGUAACAACUGGAACUCCACCGAUGGUGACUACACAAGCGGUUCCAUUGGAAGAGACUUCAGUCACAACUCCGCCGCCAAAUCGCCGAAGCCUACAAGACACAAGCUCGAAGUUCGUGUGUGGUACCAACAACUUGGCGGAUGCGAUAAGAGGUCUGGCAAGGCAAAACGAGACGACCAUCACUCAGGCGAAGGUGAAGUUGACGCUGAGGGCUUGCGCGAGGCCAGCAAGAAUAGACUGUAUCGUUGACCAGAUCGGAACUGCGUCAGCCGUGGUAGACUCUGCGGGCGAGCAACUUUAUGGUGGCAUUCAGUCAAUACAGACGGACGGGGUCAUUGCUAAGCGUUGUGAUACGACAGAUCGUAUUGAUACGACUGGUGCUACUACGGUGUCGAUUUCAGCAACCAACUGUUUGGCAACGCAAACGGCGUGCGAGAGCGAUCCCGAUAGACGCUGUUAUGAUUCAUCCCAGCGUUGUGAUAGACAGUGGCUGUGUCCUAAUGGUGACGAUGAGAUGGGGUGUAGCUAUCAAUGCUUGAACAAUGAAGUGAGGUGUCCAGCUACGGGUCUCUGCAUCCCUAAGGACCUAAGAAAAGGCGGCUGUCAGGAGUGCGCUGAUGAGGCGUAUGUCAAUGACGACACGUGCGUGUUUUUGAAAGAGGCGAAAGAUGCCUUGCUAAACCUGCCUGUGUGUGAGAUUAACGUCGUGGAAAAUAUCUUUUUCGAGCGAGGAUGCAGAAUGCUCAAGCGUGCACAAUCAACGAAGUGGAGGUUUUACGGUAUUCGUCUCUGCGGUGUGAGACGUUCCUCCUAA